GACAAAAUGGAAAGAAGCAAUGUUACAUUUGUGGUGGAAUUCAUUCUCCUGGGAUUUUCUGACCUUCCCAACCUUCGAAGUCUCUUAUUUGGAAUUUUCUUAGUCAUCUAUAUGAGUAUACUUCUAGGAAAUGGCCUGCUCAUUAUUAUAACUAAGAUGAAUCCUGCUCUUCAAACCCCCAUGUACUUUUUCCUUGGAAACUUUUCCUUCUUGGAAAUCUGUUACACAUCAGUCACUCUCCCUAGAAUACUAAGAGAUAUUUGGACUCAGAAGGGAAAUAUUCCAUUCCUGUCCUGUGCUUUGCAAAUUUGCUCCCUUUAUAUUCUAGGAAUUGCAGAGUGCUUACUCCUGGCUGUGAUGGCUUAUGACAGAUAUGUAGCCAUCUGUAAGCCUCUUUACUAUCCUCUCAUCAUGAAUCAUAAGACAUGUGUCCAGUUAGUGCUCGCCUCCUGGAUCACAGCAACACCAGCCCAGAUAGGACUCACAUACCAGAUUUUCUCUCUGAACUUUUGUGGUUCUAACAAACUCAAUCAUAUUUUUUGUGAUACUCCACCAUUACUGGAGGUUGCUUGUGGGGACACAUCUCAGAAAGAACUUUUGAUCUUUCUUAAUACUGUCUUUUUUGUCAUGGUUCCUUUUUUUUUUACACUCAUAUCCUAUGUCAAAAUUAUCACCACCAUCCUGAAGCUACCAUCAACUUCAGGGAAAUCCAAAGCCUUUUCUACUUGUUCUUCUCACCUUAUAGUUGUAUGUUUAUUCUUUGGGUCUGGUAGUAUUGUGUAUUUGCGUCCCAAAUCCAGUCAUUCAGCCAAAUCUGACAAAGUCUUCUCCCUUUUCUAUACUACUGUGAUUCCACUGUUAAACCCCUUGAUAUAUAGCCUGAGGAAUAAGGAUGUAAUUGCUGCACUGAGAAAACUUCUUCCAAAAUGA